AUGGAAAAAACAAAAGAUAUUAAUGCCACACCACUUUCACGGAAGAAAGCAGCCCAAGAAAGGAAAAAAGAAGAGAAAAGAGAGCUAGACAGGGCAUACUACCUGCAGAACCGUGAAAAGAAAAUUGCUCAAUUUGUGGAACGUAGGCGAGCGAAAGGAGAGUUGUCAAAAAGGCCAGCGCGAACAAGGACCGAAACAAAGAAAACAGAGCGGAAAGAAAAGGUAAAGAAACAGCGAGAACUUUCCCGAGAAAAGCUUGAACAGAAAAGAAAGAAAAUACGGCAACAAACCAGGGAAAGGGUCCGUAAAUAUCGCGAAAGAAAAUUACAGAACGGAGAAGAGCAAACAACGGAAGAGACAUCGGCUUCAGGCGUGGGCGACGGAUUCCAAAACCGGACGUCAAAGAAACGUGCAACUGAUAAGGUUAAGGAAACGCUUCCAUCAACCCCUAAGAAAAAAGCUGAAGUAAUUGAAACACUAGCUAGCAGCCCAAGGACAAGAAACGUGCUGACGAAACGUGGUUUAAUAAGAUACCCGGAGGAGCAGAAAGAAAUUUCCACCCUAAGAGCUCUGGCAUCCGACAUCUCAGAGGGGUUAAACGUGGUGAAGCACUCGGGAUCUACUGAAAAAAGAGCAGCUUUUAGAGCUUUUACUUCCCUAGCGUUUGGAGAAAACAUAAAAAAGACAAGGUCGCGGAAAUCUUUAGGAAAAUUAGUCAACACCAAUGAAAAAAGCAUAAGUAAGGCGAUAAAGACCCGCGAAAGCAUUCUGAAAGGAGAUUUAGCAAGUUGGCUGUACACUAAAAGAAAAUUGCGCCAAGAUGCCAUUGCAGAAGAAGACAGCAAAAAAAUCUUCAACUUCUGGGCAAAUAACGCUAGCAGGCCGACAGGAGACAAAAAAGAUGUUGUGAAAAAACGCACUGGCAAGCAGCAGUAUGUACAUCACGCAAAGCACGUGUUAGAAAAAACGCAGACUGAAGCAUUUCUUGAAUUUCAGCACUUACACCCAGAAGUGAAAGUGAAGCAGAGGAAGUUUGAAAGCCUUAAACCGUUUUUGUGAAACAAGCUACUGAGAGAGAUAGGAGAUCAUGCCUCUGCCGAAAACAUGUUGAAACGAAAAUUAUAUUUGAUGCCUGCAUGAAGUUUCGCAAAGGAACUGGCAAAGAAACAGACAACGAUGGCGAGUACCCUGUCCUGAAGACCCUGACAGAACUGGUUGAAAAGACCCUGUGUCCCAAAGAAGAAGGCAAAAUGUUUCACAACAUUAAAUGCCUAGAGAGAGAGUGCGAGUCCUGUGGAGUUGAAACGUUGCAACUGUUGCCGGAGGAAACAUCUUCUGAAGGUUCUCUGCGCUGGUCCCGCUAUGACUACGUCUCAACUGGAAAGUUUCUAGCAAAUGGUCAAGAAAAGAAGAAGAUAGCCCUUGUCCAAAAGGAGACCUCACCAUCUGAACUCUUUAAGUAUUUUAAAGAGCUCCUUGGCUCCUACCCAUACCAUUCAUUUAUGGCAAGAUGGCAACGUGAUCAGCUGGACAACCUGCUAGAAAACCUUCCACUUGGGCAUGUAGUCUGUGUGCAUGAUUACUCUGAAGGAUAUGCAUGCAGGCAACAAGAUGAAACCCAGUCAGAGUAUUUUGACGUUGCCAAGGUUUCUCUUCAUGUUACGAUCCUUCACCGACAUGCUACAGAAGCUAAAGAUGGAGUGACAAGUACAGAAGAGGAACCGCACCUGAUUAAAGAACAUCUUUUUGUAAUCUCUGACGACCCAGUUCAAGAUCAGGACAGUGUCCACAAGGUGCAAAACCUUAUCCACAGCUACCUUGCUAAUGAUGUUGGUUGCAACAUCAUCAAGAUGCACGAGUUUACUGAUGGUUGUGCGGCCCAGUACAAAUCCCGACACUGUAUUGGCGACCUAUCUUGCUCCCUCGCUGACUUUGGCUUUCACGUUGUCCGCAAUUAUUUUGAAACCUCCCAUGCUAAAGGAGAGCAAGAUGCUGCAGGUUCACAUGUUAAGCAGAAAGUUAGUCAAGCAGUCCUGCGCAGAACAACUACUAUCAAGUCUGCAAAAAGCAUGCAUGAGUACUUGGAGCAGAAUUUCACCCAGCGUGCUGCCUCAAGCUUUAAUGCAAGAGCCAAUGCCGUUCAGCUGAAGCGUCGUGUCUUCUUCUAUGUUCCUGCUGAAGGUGAAGGUGCAGUUGACAGAAACAGGCAAGGAAGAAAGUUUAAGGAAGCUAGAGGGAUAAGGAAAUGGCAUUGUGUGAAGUCUUUACCCCAGCAAGAAAAGGUUUUGGUGAGGUACAGGUCCUGCUACUGUGACAACUGUAUUGUUGAGGAUGAGGAGAACUGUGCUAACAAGGCUUGGCUGGAUGACUGGAAAGAGGUCUCAAUCUGCAGAGAUGGUUCAGUGGCAGCUACAAGGCAAGCAACAGAAACUAGCAUCCUUGACCAUGACACUGCAGGCCACAUAGCAGACCUUGCUGUGAAGGGGAGCACUGUAGCAAUUGCUGCUGAUGAUGACCCGAUGUACGAUUUCUUUCUCCUGAAGGUCACAUGUGAAGGGGUUAAAGAGCUUGACAGUGACUAUACUGAUGACUACAACUUUACAGCUUUGAAGGGUAGGCAAGUUUUAAAAGGAAACUUUUACCUCAGGGACAACAUACACGACAUGACAUUCACCCUAGAUGAGAAACGUACCGCUGUUGUGUAUGCUGCCACUGUACGCCACAUUUGCAGAGAACUGCCAGGAAAGAAAAAGGGCAGAAAAACAAUAUACAAACUUCCUUUGAAGGAAAAUGAAGAGAUAAUUGCCUCUCUUUGA